AUGCUCCUGAUGACAUUGUGCAAGGCAGCAGUACUAGGCAGACUUACACAAGUGAACCAGUGGGUUGCAAACCAAGCCCUCAAAUCUUCUCUGACUCAGAUUCAGACUAGUGAGAGUGACGACAGCGACCAUCCAUUUCGAAAGGUACCAAAGACGCUGGUGGUAAUUCAGCAUGACAACAAGGAAGAGAAACCUCAAAUUGUUUCCUCCAAAGAGACCAGCCCAGAAGCCUUGAUUGAUGCACAAUCCGAAUUACCCAAAGAUGAUGAUAACGGGACCCCAGCUGAGACCAGACCACUUUUGUCACCACCAAUCAAGCCUGAAUCUGAACCAGAAACUGAGCACACCACCAUCUCAAUGGAACAAAACUGA